AUGCUCGCAGAGAGCCUAGAACAUCUAGGACCAUCAAAUAAUGCCGAAGAAGAGACAAAUGUUCAGCCGAGGGCAUCGCCAUUAAUUGACACGCCCUUCAUCAACGAAGAAAUCAUCGCUCAAUUUAAUGAAGACAGUGAAGGAGUUGAGGAUGAUGUGAAAUCAGGUUCUUGCAGAGAUACUAUCUGCGCUUUCAGCGGUCAUUCCUUCUAUCGAAAGUCGCUAAGCAAACCUGCCUAUUGUCACCACUGUAGUGAAGUUAUUUGGGGUCCUCUUACUACUGGAUUUACCUGUGAUGUUUGCAAUUUCCUUGCUCACGAAAAAUGCUUGCAAGAUAUUGUCACCGUAUGUCCGGCAUAUGCGGCGACUCAAAUUCUCACUCCCGUUGCCCAUUGCUGGUCCGAGUUGACAUUCUUUCUUCGGAAAUUUUGCAACGUCUGUCGUACAAGACUGCGGGAUACCCCCUCCGUUCGUUGUGAAGUGUGUGAAUACUAUGCUCACUACGAUUGUAAAGAGUUUGCAGUCAAUGAUUGUAAACAAGGUGCUGCUUACAGACCACAGCGAAACAGGGUUGGUUUGACUAAUGCACGUCUCUACGACUUUUUCCUUUCUUGCAUCGCCUUCCCCCUUGAAUGCGCUCGCAUGUUCCGUUGUCAGGUCAAAUUGUUGUAUUAG